GCAGCUGUGGGCCAGGAGGAGGAGGCAGAGUGGCGCGCGCUUCCCUGGAUGCUGCAGGACUGACUGCUUGUGCUGAAAUGACCGGACUGAUGGAUUUACAUGAGAUUUCCCCUUCAGAGGACUAGUCUACUCUCUGGGAUUUAUCACCUGGUUACUCUCUCCUGUGUGUUCUGUAUUUCUGAGGGGGAGUCACGAGCAGUAUGCUGCUUUCCAAGCUGGACUCCUUGUCUCACAUUUCCUCCAGCAUGGAUCUCCCGGCGAAGCUUCACCUCCAGCAAGGUAAAACGGAGAAGCCUCCCUUCGAGAAGCUGUACCGGCUGGGCUCGGUGCUCGGCAGCGGAGGAUUCGGCACCGUGUAUUCGGCGGUUCGCCUCGCCGACGGGCAGCCGGUGGCGGUGAAGCAUGUGUGCAGGGAAAGAGUGACCGAGUGGGGCUCUCUGUGUGGCACAGUGGUCCCUCUGGAGAUUGUGCUGUUGAAGAAAGUGGGCGGGGCUUUCGGUGGCGUGGUGCGGCUGCUGGACUGGUGGGAGCGGGUGGACGGCUGGCUGCUGGUGAUGGAGCGCCUGGAGCACGGGCAAGACCUGUUCGAUUACAUCACGGAGCGGGGCGCGCUGGACGAGGCGGCGGCGCGGGGCUUCUUCCUGCAGGUGCUGGAGGCCGUGCGUCACUGCUACACCUGCGGCGUCGUCCACAGAGACAUCAAGGACGAGAACCUGCUGGUGGACCUGAGGACGGGACACCUUAAGCUCAUCGACUUCGGCUCGGGGGCGCUUCUGAAAGAAACCCCAUACACGGAGUUUGACGGUACGCGGGUCUACAGUCCUCCAGAGUGGAUCCGGCUCCGCAGGUAUCACGGGCGCUCGGCCACCGUCUGGUCGCUCGGCGUGCUGCUGUACGACAUGGUGUGCGGGGACAUCCCCUUCGAGCAGGACGACGAGAUCCUGAGAGGACGGCUCUGCUUCAGAGAGAAGGUCUCCUCAGAAUGCCAGCAGCUGAUUGGCUGGUGUCUCAGCCAGAAGCCGUCUGACCGGCCGACCCUGGAGCAGAUCCUCCUCCACCCCUGGGUGACGGGCAGCAGCGGGCAGAAGACGGAUACCUGCAGCAUCACGCUCCAACCAAUCACCGCUGACUCCCCGUCCUCCUCGUCCUCCGGCCAGCAGAGCAUCUGAUUGGUCGAUCGGAGGCUGCAGAGGGCAGGCAUGGACUUGAUUGACAGCUGUCUUGAUGUGUUAGAUCGUUUCUCUUGGGACCGCGUAGUCUCGAGACGUGUUAGAGUGUAGCUCUUAUAGAGCGCCGUCACCCGUCCUUUGCUUUAUAGUGCCUUUAGUUUCAUGCCGCCGUGCUCCGCUCCGUCAUGGCAUCAAACUGCAUAUCAGGGCUCGUUAACGUCAAGUUGAGGCGCACCGCUUCCCACGUUGAGCGACGCGUUUCCCCCCGAAAAACUGUUGUAAGACUUUUAGUCUCCAUUCCUUACGACUGUGGAAAUCUCUCUCUCGAUUAUUUUAACGCCCAAUCCUCCUCGCACAUCAACAAACACUACACACACAGUCUGAGGCAGUGUGGGGAAACAUGUCACUCAACCUGGACUCCCGAUCGACGCGCUGCACGCCGUGUUCAGAUUCAAAAGACAGAAAGUUAACGUUUAUGAUGAACACAACUUACUUGAACGCUCGCCAAAAAGAUGAACCCUCAUUAAUCUAACGCCCUGUUUCACUCCCCUCCCUCUGAUGGACUCACCCGCUGACAUGUGGGAUACUUGAAACACACAAUCUACUCUCUGAGGACACACACACACACACCCACACCUCUGUGGAGUCUGGUUCAGGACCCCAGACCUGAGUCUCGGCUCAGAUACCAAAACUGUUGAACUCUCUGUGGAGUAUAAACACUUCUGUCUCUGAUCCCUCCGGUUUCAUUUGGACUCUGAGAGACGGAGGAGUAACUCUGACUGUCCUCUCCUCUCUCUGGUGCUGCUUCACCUGAACUCGUUUUUGGUUUUUCUCAUUGUUUGAAGUCUUUGGAUGUCCACAGGAACACACCACCUGAGUGUCAGUGUUGAUACCACAAUGAGUCUUAGGAUCAGACGCGUCUUUUUCCUGUUUGACAGAAACCUCCCUGAGGUUGCUCAGCCGCUCCUCUCUCCGUCUCAUUCCCCCCUUUUUUUUUUUUUUUAAGCUCCUCUCAUCUGCGUCUCCUCUCCGCCCCUCUGAGUGUAAAAUGCACAUUCAAUGCAAAUCUUCAGUUUUAUAUUUGAGACACAUGUAUAGCUUUUUCAUUUUUUGUAUAUUUAUUUAUUUAGUUAAAGAGACAUUCCUCUUGUUUAUUUAUUCGUCUCAUUGUCUUAUUUUUUUAUUCCUCUGAGAACAGGACGAGUUUCAGGGUCCAGUUUGAGUUUUCUGACAUCAGGUCCAGAGUUAUGACUCGAUUCUCAGAUUAUCAAUUCACUCGUUACAUUGCUCCGUGUUUUAUUGAAUUCUGAUGAGAAAAAUAUUUUUUCAUGAAAAAUGUUCAAAUUAAAGCUUUUGUAUAAAGUCUGAAAA